GCUGGCAACUCCCUUUUCGCAUAAGUGUCGCCUGGCGUGAACACGCGGAUUUCGUUUGGUGGAUUUUUGAAAAUAAGAAAUAAGUUGAAAGCACGAUGACGAAGAAGCGCCGUAAUGGUGGACGCAACAAGCACAAUCGCGGCCAUGUGAAGCCCGUCCGUUGCACCAACUGUGCCCGCUGUGUGCCCAAGGAUAAGGCUAUCAAGAAGUUUGUUAUCCGCAACAUCGUUGAGGCGGCCGCUGUGCGUGACAUCUCCGAGGCCAGCAUCUGGGACUCGUAUGUCCUCCCCAAACUCUACGCCAAAUUGCACUACUGCGUCUCCUGCGCCAUCCAUUCCAAGGUGGUGCGUAACCGUUCCCGUGAGGCCCGUCGCAUUCGUACACCUCCAUUGCGCUCCUUCCCCAAGGACAUGGCUCGCAACAACCAGAAUAGAAAGUAAAUUUCAACUGUCGAAUUGCUUAUAAAUUAACUUAUCAACCGGCAAACAAGAUCCACAUGACGAUAAUGGUGUGUGCAACUGGCGAGAAUCAGAAAUAUAUAAGCAUUCGGGUGUUUUUUUAAACAAUCA